AUGUCAUGUGCAUAUGAAGAAUCAAGAAUAAAUUUCAGAGAGAUUGAAGAUGAGAAAGGUUCUGUUUCGGCAUCUCUUGUAGAAUAUAGUGCUAGAACUCAUGCUGAGAAGACAUUGGUAUCCAAAGACAAGAAACUGAAAAUGGAAAGAGAUGAAGUAGUUAAAAUUAAGAUCAUCCCUCCUCCACCUGGCUGUGGGAAGAAAAUCUAUGAAAUUGAUCCACUUUUGCUCACUCACCGCGACCAUCUUGAUUUCCGUUUCGGACGAUACUUAAGAUUGCGAGAGGAUAUCGACAAGCAUGAAGGUGGCCUAGAUUCAUUUUCUCGCGGCCAUGAAAAAUUUGGCUUUAGGCAGAGUGUCACAGGAAUUACUUAUAGAGAAUGGGCACCAGGAGCUAAGUCAGCAGCAUUAAUUGGAGACUUCAACAAUUGGAAUCCAAAUGCCGCUGUAAUGACUCGGAAUGAAUUUGGUGUGUGGGAGAUCUUCUUGCCAAACAACGCAGAUGGUUCGCCACCAAUUCCUCAUGGAUCUCGAGUCAAGAUUCGCAUGAAUACUCAAUCCGGCAUGAAGGACUCUAUUCCUGCUUGGAUAAAGUAUUGUGUACAAGCCAAAGGUGAAAUUCCAUAUAAUGGUAUAUACUAUGAUCCACCAGAUGAGGAAAGAUAUGUCUUCAAGCAUCCGCAGCCAAAGAAACCGAAAUCACUUAGGAUUUACGAGUCACACGUUGGAAUGAGUAGUCCGGAACCUAAAAUCAACACAUAUGCCAAUUUUAGAGACGAUGUACUACCUCGGAUUAAAAGGCUGGGUUAUAAUGCUGUCCAGAUUAUGGCUAUCCAAGAACAUUCUUAUUAUUCUAGUUUCGGCUAUCAUGUUACAAAUUUCUUUGCACCUAGCAGCCGUUUUGGAACUCCUGAAGAACUCAAGUCUUUGAUAGACAGAGCACAUGAGCUAGGCCUGCUUGUUCUAAUGGAUAUUGUACAUAGCCAUGCAUCAAACAACACAUUGGAUGGACUGAACAAGUUUGAUGGAACUGACAGUCAUUACUUUCAUCCCGGGUCACGAGGUCAUCAUCUGAUAUGGGAUUCUCGCCUUUUUAACUAUGGAAGCUGGGAAGUGCUAAGGUUUCUACUUUCCAAUGCAAGAUGGUGGCUAGAAGAAUACAAGUUUGAUGGGUUUCGAUUCGACGGUGUCACAUCAAUGAUGUACACUCAUCAUGGAUUGCAGGCGUCUUUUACAGGAAAUUACAGUGAGUAUUUCGGGUAUUCAACUGAUGUUGAUGCUGUAGUUUACUUGAUGCUGGUUAAUGAUAUUAUCCAUGGACUCUUCCCUGAGGCCGUUACGAUUGGCGAAGAUGUAAGUGGAAUGCCAACACUCUGCAUUCCUACUCAAGAUGGAGGAGUUGGAUUCGAUUAUCGGCUACACAUGGCGAUUGCUGACAAAUGGAUUGAGCUUCUCAAGAAGAAAGAUGAAGAGUGGAAAAUGGGUGAUAUCAUUCACACACUCACAAACAGAAGGUGGUCCGAAAAAUGUGUAGCUUAUGCAGAGAGUCAUGACCAAGCCUUGGUUGGAGACAAGACGAUCGCUUUUUGGUUGAUGGACAAGGAUAUGUAUGACUUCAUGGCUUUGGACGGACCAUCUACGCCGGUUAUAGAUCGAGGCAUUGCGUUACAUAAAAUGAUUAGGCUUAUUACAAUGAGCCUUGGUGGUGAAGGAUACUUGAACUUUAUGGGGAAUGAAUUUGGCCACCCUGAGUGGAUUGAUUUUCCAAGGGAAGCUCAACAUCGUCCCGAUGGAACCGUAAUUCCUGGGAACAACAACAGUUUUGAUAAAUGCAGGCGAAGAUUCGACUUGGGGGAUGCAGAAUAUCUAAGAUACCGGGGGAUGCAAGAAUUUGACAAGGCCAUGCAGCAUCUUGAAGAAAGAUUUGAGUUCAUGACCUCGAAGCACCAAUAUAUAUCGCGAAAAAAUGAAGGCGACAAGAUCAUAGUAUUCGAAAAGGGUAACCUUGUCUUUGUCUUCAAUUUUCAUUGGACCAACAGCUAUUCAGAUUAUAGAGUUGGAUGCUCAAAGGCAGGGAAAUACAAGAUUGUGUUGGAUUCAGAUGAUCCCUUGUUUGGUGGAUUCAAUAGGCUCAAUCACACUGCUGAAUAUUUUGCUUCUGAAGGAUGGUACGACGACCGACCUAGUUCCUAUCUAGUGUAUACACCUUCUAGAACAGGAGUGGUGUAUGCUUUUGCAGAUGAAUAACCAGAUCAAAUAGCACAAAGAGAAUUGAGCUAAAGAGGAACAUUAAUCUAUGUACAAAUUUCCCAAUUUUGUCCAUGUCUUUCAAUUUUCUAGUCAUAUUUAUAUAUAGAACACCUUUUAUUUUUUUAUUUUUGUUAGGUUUUGAUGACCUUUGUAAAUUAUAUUGCAUUAGAAAAGUUUUGUAGCAAUGGAAGCAUUUUUAUAUUGUUACUGAAGCGAUUAGUUU